AAAAAACAUUAAUUAUAGAAAAAGAAAAAAAAAAAAAAAAAAGGAAAGUGAGAGAUAGAAGAAAGGACGACUUGGGAGACUGAGAAGAAGAGGUCUUUGUUUACCGUGUCGUCGAUUCCAUUCGAUCUUCUUCAAUCGGAGAUUGUUACCGUGGAUUGACUGAGGGUUUUGAGAGAGAAGGGCGUGUUGAGUUUGAAAUUUGAAAUUUUGUAUGCUGAAGGAGUAGGGAAAUUUUGAAGGCUUUGCUUUUAUCUGGGAGAAGGAAAUGUUGGAGAGCGGUGCCAAAUUCACUGGAAUAAUUCGUCUAAACAACCAUGAUAACAACUUUGAUGAUUUGUCGCAAGGCUUUUACCACAAACUCCAUGAGGGUGAGGGUACCAACAUGUCCAUCGACAGUUUGCAAACUAGCAAUGACGGAGGCUCUGUUGCCAUGUCUAUAGACAACAGCAGUGUUGCUUCAAAUACUAAUGAUUCUAAAACUCACAUCUUGAACCACCAAGGGCUGCGACGACGUGCAAAGGAUAACUACUCUGUUGCACAGAGUGUUAACCGCCGAGGAAGAGUCACACAUGCUCUCAGUGAUGAUCAACUUGCUCGAGCUCUAAUGGACAUCCAUUCCUCGACAGAGGGGCUUGAGAAUUACGAGGACUGGACAAUUGACUUAAGAAAGCUAAACAUGGGUGAAGCGUUUGCACAAGGUGCUUUUGGGAAGCUAUAUAGAGGCACUUACAAUGGCGAAGAUGUUGCUAUCAAACUUUUGGAGCGGCCAGAGAAUGACCCAGAAAAGGCUCAGCUGAUGGAGCAACAGUUUCAACAGGAAGUGAUGAUGCUGGCUACGUUGAAGCAUCCAAACAUAGUUCGUUUUAUUGGUGCCUGCCGUAAACCAAUGGUUUGGUGCAUUGUAACUGAGUAUGCUAAGGGGGGUUCAGUUAGGCAAUUCUUAGCAAAGCGGCAGAGCCGAUCAGUUCCGUUGAAAUUAGCAGUCAAGCAAGCUUUGGAUGUUGCGAGGGGGAUUGAAUAUGUUCAUGGGCUUGGGUUGAUUCACAGGGACUUAAAAUCUGACAACCUGUUGAUUUCUUCAGACAAAUCAAUAAAAAUUGCUGAUUUUGGGGUUGCCCGUAUUGAGGUGCAGACGGAAGGAAUGACACCAGAGACUGGGACGUAUCGCUGGAUGGCUCCGGAGAUGAUCCAGCAUAGGAAAUACACUCAGAAAGUUGAUGUGUAUAGCUUUGGGAUUGUUCUUUGGGAACUUAUUACAGGGAUGCUUCCGUUCCAGAACAUGACAGCAGUGCAGGCAGCAUUUGCAGUUGUGAAUAAGGGUGUCCGUCCUAUCAUUCCCAGUGACUGCUUACCUGUUCUUGGCGAGAUCAUGACGAGAUGCUGGGAUGCCAACCCUGAUGUCAGGCCACCCUUCACUGAAGUUGUGAGAAUGCUUGAGAAUGCUGAGACUGAGAUUAUGACAACUGUUCGUAAGGCCCGCUUCAGGUGUUGCAUUACCCAACCAAUGACGAUGGACUGACCUCAGAAGAAAUAAUGGAAAAGAAAACAGUUAUGUAUAACAUAAAGAGGAAAAAGGAAAUGGAAAGGAGAGAAAGAGGUGAGGUGAGAGAAGGGAAUUAUAUUGUAGCCUUGUGUAUUUAUCAGGUUUCAUUUCUUUCUUAAGAUAGAUAAGGAAGUGGUGUUAAAAAAUAUUUGGUUUUUGAGAUUUCUAUUUGAUUGAAUUUCUGACGCUGAUUGAGUAAUAGAAGAGAGAAUUGAUGUGUAUG